AUCCUACCAGUUUUUGGGCUUUUUCUUCUGUUGAUCGAUUCAGCCGAAUCCCUCACUUCGAUUUCAGAACAUAGCCGAUCUAGUAUCCUAAGAUUCUUGUCGAUUCAAACAUAGAUUUUUGGUAAUUCAAAGGAGAACCAGGAGAUGGCCGCAAGAACAGUCGCUAAAGACAUCAUCACUCUUCGUGGUUCCGCUGCAAUAGUUAGCGAGUUCUUCGGAUAUGCUGCUAACAGUAUUCUUUACAAUCGGGGAGUUUACCCAGAAGAAAGCUUUGUGAAGGUCAAGAAAUAUGGCCUCCCAAUGUUGCUCACACAAGAUGAGGGUGUCAAAUCUUUUAUUGCCAAUCUAACUGCUCAGCUAUCUCAAUGGCUUGAAGCUGGGAAGUUACAGAGAGUUGUCCUCGUUAUAAUGAGCAAGGCCACUGGCGAAGUCCUUGAAAGGUGGAAUUUCAGCAUUGAGACCGACUCUGAGGUUGUUGAAAAGGGCGUCUCGAGGGAAAAGAGCGACAAGGAAAUCAUGAGAGAGAUACAAGCAAUUAUGCGACAGAUUGCUUCAAGCAUUACCUAUUUGCCAUGCCUUGAUGAAACUUGUGUCUUUGAUGUGUUGGCAUACACUGACAAAGAUGUGGCGGUUCCAUUCACUUGGGUUGAAAGUGAUCCAAAACUCAUUGCAAAUCCUCAAAUGGUGAAAUUGCAUUCCUUUGAUACCAAGAUUCAUAAAGUUGACACUCUUGUUUCCUACAAGAACGACGAGUGGGAUGAACAAUAGAGCCACACUUAUUUUCCUGUUUUCGUUCUAUUCUUGUGUUUGUACUGUGAAUCUUCUAUUCACAUAUUGUAGAAGUGUCUAAUGCCUGUCAAUGUGUGAUAUGGUUAACCCAGUCUCAGACAGUAUAAACCGCACUUUUGUUUUAUUGUUCACCUUGUUCAGCGUGUAAGGAACGCCAAAAUUGUAGUUGACUAUCAUUUCAGUUUUGUGACACAGUGAUAACUCCAGGCAA